UUUAACUUUGGCUGUCACCAUCCUCAUCCCAUCUAACUGAUGUUGGGCAAAAAUUCUAUUGCGCGCCUCCAGAUAUGCCCGCAUCUUUUCCUCGUACGGACCGCUCCGCUGUCAUCCUGGUGGGCACCUGUGUCGAGCGCGAUUCGCCCACUUGCUCCGCACUCCGACGGCCGUUUCCCGUGCAAUCGGGACAGGUUGGACUAUAGGUGUCGGGCCUGCCACACCUAUAACAGAAGACGCGCCUUUCCGGUGACAUGCAGUCGCGGAAACUAUGGCCGGCUUGUCUGCAGUUCCAGCAAACUAACGCCUGUUGCGGACGCCUUUCCAAACGCGCCUCUUCAACUACGCCGAAAUCCGCCGACUCCUCGCCGUUAGUGUCGUCGACCAACUCCUCCACUGCCGGUGGACGGUUUCCGCCACAAAAAAAGUGUGCCGCUGCGUGUUGGGAACACGCCUUCUCGCCGCUGGACCAUAGCUUCCACCUCUACGCAUUCGUCACAUGGUGCUGUGUGGAGACGCGACGCCAGUUUCCUCAUGGCAUGGAAGUACUCCUCAACGCUUUCGCUUGCCUUCUGCCGUCUUUCGCGCAAUUGACGCAUGCGCUCGAAUUCAUCGGCGGCGCCUUUAAAACGGGACAGCAUGCUUCGUUUUAGUUCCCAGUGUCCCAGUGUACUGCUGGUGCUAUGGACGGCCUCGGAGGAGUGUGCAUCAGGCCACCGGUGGAAAAACCUACGGCUCCUUCUAGGUGUUCCUCCAGAUCAUCAUUUCUGGCAGUUCUCGACCUUGUGUUAUACGCCCGCGCAGAAUCCUUCUCCAUUUCAAUCCAAAAAAAAAUACGCUCUGUUUUUUUAUAAUAUUUAUUUAUAUUUUGGAUUAUGAAUUGUUCAGCUUUCAAGCAGGCCCCGAAGAAAAAUUCGUAU